UAUGCGGCUUGGUGCGGCGCUGGGAAACAGAACCACUGGAAAGAUGUAAACCAAGUAACCAGCGAAGACCAGCCUCAACGAAGACACUAAACGUUACCUCCAGGGAACCCGCACCUUAGGCUGAUAAACGGAAGCGCGACAACGUGCCGCUCGUUGGGUCGCUAUCUCCGGAGCAGCGGAGCGUUUGCCUAAAGCAGCCAUCUUUUGUGAGAGAAUGUACGGGUCGACGCGGCGGGCCUGCUCGGGCUCUGGCCGGGGCCGGGGCCGGGGCCGGAGCCUGCUGAUGCUGACAACCGCGCUCCUGCUCUCGGCUAUCGGCUUGCUCUCCGGGCUGCCCGGCUUCACCGAGGCGAAGGAAUGCGACAAACCGUGUAUGAACGGACAGUGCAACACCGGCACUGGCAGCUGUGUGUGCUUCCCCGGCUGGGUUGGGGACCAAUGCCAGCACUGCGGAGGACGAUUCAGGCUGACGGGACCCUCUGGUUAUCUGACCGACGGACCAGGAAACUACAAGUACAAGACCAAGUGCACAUGGCUCAUUGAGGGACAGCCCAACACUAUACUUAGAUUACGGUUCAACCACUUUGCCACCGAGUGCAGCUGGGACCACCUCUACGUGUACGACGGAGACUCCAUUUACGCUCCCCUUCUCGCUGCUUUCAGUGGUCUUAUUGUUCCUGAGCGUUAUGGGAAUGAGACGGUUCCCGAGGUGGUGUCUCAGUCUGGCUACGCCCUGCUGCACUUCUUCAGUGAUGCUGCCUACAACCUGACUGGCUUCAACAUUUCCUACAGGCUCAAUACAUGUCCUAACAACUGUUCAGGCCGUGGCGAGUGUCGUGUGGGGAUCUCCAGCGGUUUGGUGUACUGCGAGUGUGAGGCCAACUGGAAGGGAGAGGCCUGUGAUGUCCCCUACUGCCUGGCCAACUGUGGCUACCCUGAGCGAGGUCGCUGCCAGGACGAGGCCUGCGUCUGUUGGACCGGAUGGCAAGGUCCAUACUGCUCCAUCCCAGUGCCUGCCAAUUCCUCCUUCUGGUCCCGGGAGGAGCACACAGAGCCCGGGCUGGCCAGGGCUUCCCACAAGGCUGUGGUGGACCAGGGAAUCAUGUGGGUCAUCGGAGGCUACGUCUUCAACGCCUCAGACUAUCACAUGGUCAAAGCGUAUAACCUGAGCAGCAACAGGUGGCUGACCCUCGACCCCUCCGUCAACACUGUCACGCCACGAUAUGGCCACUCGCUGGCUCUUCACGAGGGGAAGAUCUUCAUGUACGGAGGAAAGAUCGACUCCUCAGGAAACGUGUCCAGCCAGCUGUGGGUUUUCCACAUCCAGAACCAGACCUGGGUCCUCCUGAGCCCCCGGGCUAAAGAGCAGUAUGCUGUGGUGGGACACUCGGCACACAUUGUGCCUCCCGUCCAGGAGGGGGCCAGUCCUGUCAUGCUGGUUCUGUUUGGACACUGUCCUCUGUAUGGUUACAUCAGCCAGGUCCAGGAGUACAACAUUGCCAAGAACACAUGGAGCAUGGUUUCGACAGACGGUGCAUUGGUUCAGGGAGGCUACGGCCACAGCAGCGUUUUCGACCCUGGCACCAGAGCCAUCUACAUCCACGGAGGCUACAAGGCCUUCAGUGCCAACAAGUACGGCUUGGCUGGAGACCUGUACAAGUUCGAUGUGGACAAGAGAAAAUGGACGAUUCUGAGAGACAGCGGCUUCUUCCGUUACCUCCACACGGCGGUCAUAGUGAGCGGGACGAUGCUGGUGUUUGGAGGAAACACACACAACGACACGUCCAUGAGCCACGGCGCCAAGUGCUUCUCCUCCGACUUCUUGGCCUACAGUCUGGCAUGUGAUGAGUGGACAGUGCUGCCUCGACCAGACCUCUACCAUGACGUCAACCGCUUCGGGCACUCUGCAGUCUUCAGUGACAGUGUGAUGUACGUGUUCGGUGGCUUCAACAGCCUGCUGCUCAGUGACGUCCUCAUGUACACCUCGCCCAGCUGCUCAGCCUUCUCCAGCCAGGCGUCCUGCAACCAGGCCUGGUCAGGGAUCCACUGUGUCUGGAACAGCACCCAGGGGACCUGUCUGCCCUGGGAGAGCAGCACUGCCGGUCCUGAACAGCAGCAGCUACCAGCCUCCUGCAAUACAAGAUCAUACGCCGACAACGAGAGGUGUGACCAGUACACGGACUGCUACAGCUGCACUGCCAACACCAACGGCUGCCAGUGGUGUACGAGCCAGUGUGUUUCACUGGGAAGCAACUGUACCUCUCCCACGGGCGCCAUAGGGGAGUAUGAUGUUUGCCCCAAGGACAACCCCUCAUACGUGUGCAACAAGAAAACCAGCUGCAAGAGCUGCGCCGUGGACCAGAACUGUCAGUGGGAACCUCGCAACCAGGAGUGCAUCUCUCUGCCAGAAAAUGUGUGUGGUGAAAGCUGGCACCUGGUGGGCAACUCCUGUCUGAAGUUCAUCACGGCAAAGGACUCGUAUGACAACGCCAAGCUGGCCUGCAGGAGCCACAACGCUGUCCUGGCCUCGCUCACAACGCAGAAGAAGGUGGACUUUGUCCUGAAGGAGCUGCAGAUUAUGAGCGUGGUGUACAAGGCCUCAGUGACGCCCUGGGUGGGUCUUAGGAAGAUCAACGUGUCAUACUGGUGCUGGGAGGACAUGUCGCCCUUCACCAACACCACCCUGCAGUGGCUGCCCGGAGAGCCGAGCGACGCCGGGUUCUGUGGCUACCUGGCCGAGCCGGCGUCCAGCGGAUUGAAAGCUCAAACCUGCAUCAGUCCUGUGAACGGCAGCCUGUGUGAACGACCGGCCAACCACAGCGCCAAGCAGUGCCGGACGCCAUGUGCCAUGAGAACCACCUGCAGCGAGUGCACCAGCAGCAGCUCGGAGUGCAUGUGGUGCAGCAACAUGAAGCAGUGCGUCGACUCCAACGCCUACGUGGCUUCUUUCCCCUUCGGACAGUGUAUGGAGUGGUACACCAUGAACACUUGUCCACCGGAGAACUGCUCUGGGUACCGAACAUGUGGCCAGUGUCUGGACCAGCCGGGCUGCGGUUGGUGCACCGACCCCAGUAACACGGGCAAAGGUCAGUGCAUCGAGGGCUCGUACCGCGGACCCUUCCAGACUUCGGUCCCGGCACCGUCCACCCUGCCCGGUCUGCCCGCCAGCCCCCAGCCGGCCCUCAACGCCAGCAUGUGCCCCAGUGAGGCCAAAUACAACUGGUCCUUCAUCCAUUGCCCAGCUUGUCAGUGUAAUGGUCACAGUCAGUGUGUCAACGAGAGUGUGUGCGAGAAGUGCGAGGACCUGACAACCGGCCGACACUGCGAGAGCUGCAUUUCCGGCUUCUACGGAGAUCCGACCAACGGGGGCAGCUGCCAGCCCUGCAAGUGCAACGGCCACGCCAGCAUGUGCAACCCAAACAACGGCAAGUGCUUCUGCACCACCAAGGGCAUCAAAGGAGAUCGCUGCCACCUGUGUGAAGUCGAGAAUCGUUACCAAGGCAACCCCCUCAAAGGAACAUGCUACUACACGCUCCUCAUCGACUACCAGUUCACCUUCAGCCUGUCGCAGGAGGACGACCGCUACUACACCGCCAUCAACUUCGUGGCCACACCUGAGGAGCCGAACCGGGAUCUCGACAUGUUCAUAAAUGCCUCCAAGAACUUCAACCUGAACAUAACGUGGGCCACUAGCUUCACUGCAGGAACCCAGACCGGGGAGGAGAUCCCUAUCGUCUCUCGGAGCAACAUCAAGGAGUUCAAAGACAGCUUCUCCAAUGAGAACUUCGAUUUCCGCAACAGCCCAAACAUAACGUUCUUUGUCUAUGUCAGCAAUUUUACAUGGCCCAUUAAGAUUCAAAUUGCCUUCUCCCAGCACAGUAACUUCAUGGACCUGGUGCAAUUCUUUGUCACAUUCUUCAGCUGCUUCCUGUCCCUGCUCCUGGUGGCCGCCGUGGUUUGGAAGAUCAAACAGAGCUGCUGGGCGUCACGGCGACGAGAGCAACUGCUGAGAGAGAUGCAGCAGAUGGCGAGCCGGCCUUUCGCCACCAUCAACGUCGCCUUGGAGACGGACGACGAGCCGCCUGACCUGAUAGGAGGAAACGUCAAGUCUGUCCCAAAACCCAUCGCCCUGGAGCCUUGCUUUGGUAACAAAGCCGCCGUGCUCUCCAUCUUUGUGCGGUUACCCAGGGGCACCGGUGGCAUCCCUCCUCCAGGACAGUCCGGUCUGGCGGUGGCCAGCGCGCUGGUGGACGUCUCUCAGCAGAUGUGUGUGGGCUACAAAGAGAAGUCUGGAGGCCUGAGGAGCCGCAAACAGCAGCCCACCGCACAGCCGUCCACCUGUAUCUGACCACGCCCCCGCCCUCCUCCACCAUUCCCAGCCCAAUGCUCUCCCAUUAGCCCCAUGCCUCGGCCCCCUCCUUCAGAGACUUCCGCCAGCUCCGCUCUGGCGGGGAGAGGUGCAUGCUGGGACACAGAACUGGAACAUUUCGGUGAGCGGCCGAGUCGUCCGGUGGACUGAAGCCUCGGUGGGCUUCCCCUCUCUCUCCUCCCACAGGAACUUUUGGUCCCCUCAAACUGAAUGACAGAAACUGGACACAGAGGAGGGGGAGCAGCCGAGGGAGCGGAGGGACAAAGCAGGUGCUUACUCCACCCUUUCCCAUCAACAAAAAAAAACAUUUUACAUUUGUCGACACCGCCUCAUUAGAGUCGAGGCGGCCACGGCUUGCUGCUAGAAGAGUCUCGUAGUUUUUGAAAAAUCCAGAGACAUUGCAACCCUCUAUAUUCUCCUUUUACUUAAGUUAUUGUUGUUCUUUGUUUUGUAUUGUGUUAUUUUGAAGGCAGGAACAAACUGCACAUGUUCAACUGCACAUGCACACACAAAAUACACACACACACACACUCGCACACUCUUCCACGAACCAACCUUCCAGGCCCUUGACCCAUUUGUAGCCCAUUGUCUCCUGCUGUCGUGUUCGCAGCUCAGCACUGAGGGCUGGUGUCACUGGAGUCCUGUACAGUUUGGCCCCCAAGCAAGCUAACAGCAUGUUCAGUCUUCCUUUAAUGAGGAUCCACUGUAGGAGGCCAGCCGUGCAGCCAAAGCCCAUCUAAAGAGUAUGUGACAUUUCUAAUCAGCCUCUGUGUCUUCUACCACUGUCUUCUCUGUGGCCUGUCUGGAGCUUUGUCUCCGCCCGUCUCUCUUUCUCUGUCUCUGUGGCCGUCUGCCUGCCACGCCGACCGCCUUCCCAACCUCUUUGGUGGUGUGGCCGAGUACAAAACAAGAGCACGGCAGCAUCUCACCCACACUGGCUGCCUGGCUGGAUCGUAAGCCGGUGGCAGUUGAAACUUCCAGCUAAUUAUUACUCCUCCGGUUGCGAUGAAAGCCAAAAUCUCUGCACACGCAGGUGCACACACUGAGGCUCCCACACACACAGAAAAACAGUUGGUGGUGAGAAAACCCUCCAGCGUUUAACGAUUGUCCCUUUGGCAGUGCUGCGCCUCGAGCUCAUGUGAAACAGGUUUCCUAUAGAUCGCCUGGCUCUGAUUGACUGAAGUGAUUAGGGCGAUCUGCGUGAGGGGAGCCGGGGUGACGGUUCAGCAUCCUCUGGUCGUUGCCUAAGAAAUCCAUAGCCUCUAAUUGCUCCUGCCGUGUCCCCAAAUGCAAUGCAUGCUCCCACCUACCCCCGUACAGUGCUACCACUGUGGCAGGAAACGCUUGUGUCCAUGUUGAUGCAGCUACAGUGGAGCUGCUAAUGCCAACGUUUAAAUGGUACCAGGCCAACAACUCUGAACAUCAAGCGUACACAUACAUCACUACAAUAACCAGCCACGUCGCAAAUGUCAUUGUCUGUUUCCUUAUUUGCACCUUUGUUAAAUGGGACUUUUGAAUUGACCACAUCUCAUAGAAGAGCUCGGGUAUUCAUUCUACCAAAAAAAAAAAAGACAAGAAAGAAAAACAUCCAUUGCUUUUUCUUAAAAUUACCUCUUGAAAUUCUCUUUUAGCCGAGUCUCUUUGGGUUAUUCCUUUUAUGUGCUCCGUGUGUAAGGUUUCUCUAAGCUGGUCCUUCUUUUUUUUUAUUAUUAUUAUUAUUUUUCCUUCCUUUUAUAUCUGCUUUACCUGCUCUUUCCACAGUCCUUAUCUGAAAUCACUGGUCCAUUUUUAAAGAAACAUUACAUUUUGUCAACUGGGGAAAAUGAGGGAAAACAGAAAUGGAAAAACACGAGGCAAACACAAGAGACACAAAAAGAAAAAAAACUCAGGCUGCUAGUUUAAAACAGAGCUGUUGCUUUGAAAUGUCACAAGUAAUUUUCUGUGUUGUAAGGGCAUCAGGGUGUCAGAUUGGUGUUUCUUACCUUUUCAUCUUUUCUCCUUCAGCACUGAAUAUCACAGCAGGCUUGAAUUAGUCCAUACUGGUCAUUUUUGCUAAAUAUAUAACUCUCAUACUACAACACCGGCAGGUCUUUGAAAGCGGAGGCACACACUGAUAUAGAAGACGUAUCUCCUUCCCCCUUGCGAAGUUAUUAACUUCCCACCCUCAGAGAAGUACAGUAAUAGAACAAUUUAAUAACUCGCAUUCUGCCCUAAAGAGCUCUGCCUUUUUAGUUCCAGGCUCUCACAUGUGCUCGCCACACUAGAACUGCUCAUCAUCUGGUUAAAGGGCACACUUUUAGCACUGCAAAAAGGUCAGAGCAGAAAGCAUGAACAAAGUUGACAUUCUGUAAUUAUAGAGAGCUGGAUGUGCUCACAGCUCCACUCAGCGAGCCCAGCGAGCAUCACGGCAUUAAGGAGUUAGCUUUGUUCAUAUGUGCACUGAGGAAUCAAAGCACUUCACUCUCGCGCUUUAUUAUCAAUCAGUUUUUGCUUUUUUCUCCACUACAGUAACGUUAAUUGAAGCCGUCACGGCCGGUUUAGGUUUUGAUGUUCAUUCUGUCGCCUCUGCAGAGAGUUGAUGGUAGAAAAAUCACCGUUAGCUUUCAGCCAAAUGUGGGAAAAUUUGGCGUGUGUUUGGUGAGUUUGUCCACUUGAGUACAAAUUAAAGACAAACCUCCCACAAAAAGCCAUUCUGAGCCGUAUAAAACAUUUUUAUUAAACACUGUUACCGUCAGGCUGUGGGAGUUUUAUUUUUACGGUUUGUACCACAGUCUCUCGCCCACGCAUCUGUCAGUUAUCCUCAGGUGUGCAGGACUUUUUUUGACUUUGUUUACCUGCGCUCUCAUUCUGUUUGGCAGGUAACCAACCAUUGUUUGGAGGUGUUGUUCCAGUCCAAAAAUCCUGUUGGAUGAUAAGGUGCUGACAAUAGCGGGAAUGUUUUCAGGAUGUAGAAACAACAUUCUUCUUCCUUGGUAGAAAUGCUUCCGCUUCCACUGACCUGAGUACAAUUCCUCAUUAUGAGAGAUUGUCUGUUUCAGACACGUUAUUAAAAAAAACAAAAC